UAAACGGGGCAGAGGACGGGCGAGAGAAGGAACGGGCUCCCACGUUCAGCUGAAAGCUUUCGAUUGUCAGCCGAGCGGAUUCCGGCUCUAGAGCCACCCCGAAACCCCACAGCCCGCCAACGGGACGGAAGAAGGGAAAAGCCCCUUUCUUUUCAGUUCCCUAUCGGAGAAGGCCGCCUCCCGGUCUCGCAGCCAGUUCCCUCCUGAAGUUUCAAGGGCCGCCACGUGAUUUCCAUGAACUGGAGUUGAGCAGAUCGGCGGCGCCGGGCAGGGCGAGCGGCUCCUGGUUUUCCCGGCCGCCGAGCGCUGGCUGGAGAGAAGAGCAGCUGGGGAAGCAGGCGCGGCGGCGGCGGCGGGGGCGGUCAGGUGCCGGGGAAGCGCCGAGGGCAGCACGCGCCUCCGGGAUGCCCCUCUUUGGGCUUUCCGCUUAGGCGGCGGCGGGUGCAGCGAGUCCCCCAUGCGCGUCCCCGGCGCUUGCUGUGGCUACGCUGUUUUCUCCGGGACUUUAAGGGUCUUUUGGCCUCCUGACCGGCCGUCCGACCUUCUCUCUCUCUUCGGCCAGGAUGUCUCAGGGGAUCCCCGCUGCGGGAAGCCCUUUGCAACGAAGUUCCUCGUCCGAGGGAACUCUGCAGAGUCAUGAUGAUGAUGAAAGACGAGUAAGACGGAGAGAGAAAAACAGAGUCGCUGCCCAGAGAAGCCGAAAGAAACAAACUCAGAAAGCAGAUAAACUCCAUGAGGAAUAUGAGUGCCUUGAACAAGAGAAUACUUCUCUAAAACGGGAGAUUGGAAAGCUGACAGAUGAAGUGAAACAUCUGAGUGAAGUGUUGAGGAACCACGAGAAAAUCUGUCCCUUGUUACACUGCGCCUUAAACUUUGGGUUGAUUCCCAGACAUGAAGCCCUCCUUGGUCCUUUGCCAAGAUAAGGCUCCCUUCUGAGAAAUCUGAAAGAAUGAGAAGAUUUCAAGACACUCCACUAUCAUCAUUUUAGCCAUCAUGUUGCAUGACUACACACAUUCUUAGAGCAGCCUGUGCUACAUCUAGUGUUACCUUGGAGUUCUCCAACCAUCAAGAAUUAUUGUUGAUGUUUAAAAGCCCUGGACUGCAGCUUUAUGAGAGUAAUUUUCAACUGAGCAGGAUAUCUUCUGCCUGUUUCCACUAUGCAUUCCAUACUAAGCAUGGAAUAGGAAAACUUGUAUGCUGGAAUUGCUAGACUAUGAAAUAUUUUAACUUUGGUUCAUGUUUAAUCAUGUAGAUACAGUAUAUGGCCCUUAUAAUAAUAGAGAAUUUGUUGGUCAUCAUAGGGAAUGAGGAAGAUGGCUCGAAACCAAAAAAUUAUAGGCAUGACAAUCUGUAGUCAAAGACCGGGACAGCUUCUGCUUCCCAGCACUCUGAUUCCUUGUCUGUUUUUCUUUCUUCCAUUUUCUUUGGUGACAAACACCUCAAUUUUUGUGAAAACCUGAUUAGUGCAUUUUGGGAUAUAGCUUUAGGAUUGUUUUUAGGUUUGAAUAUGUUAUGCAGCGUAUAAGGUUUGGAAGGCAUAUCUUCCAGUGCUUCAAUGUAUGAUUCUCUGCAGUGAUUAUCAACUUCCAUAUAUUUCCAGCUGCACCACAAUGGGGUUGAAAUUACAACAAAGCUAGUAUUUUCUUUGAAGACACUUUUAAAUGCUGUAACUCUACGAAACGAAACCCAUGGCUGCCCAAUUCGUCUGGGAAGAAACUGCUUCUCACAUUCCUUUGCAGGUCCUGGAUCCUCUUCUUGGGAUGGUGGCUGGCCAAUUUUGCAGCAAUUCUGACAAGAUACUUUUCACAUGACCAAACAAAUGUACCCAACAUAAAGUAAGGACAUGAAUGGUG